AGGGUGGGAAAAAAGAAGGAGCAAAAAGCUAAAAAAGCAAAGAAAGAAGAAAAAACCACUAAAAAGCAACAACUACCUCUCUCUUUGUGUCCAAGUCUCCAAUAAGCUAAGUAGUGUAACUCAUCAUCAUCAUAAUAAAUAAUAAUCAUUUUAAGAACCCAACCGCCAAAAGCACAGACAAGUUACAAACACAAAAACAUAAUAAUAAUAAUCUCUGUGUUUUUUUUUGUUUUGACAUAUCUCUAUCUCUAUCUCUCUUUGAUCUAAAAGAGAGAGAUUGAUAGAGAAGGGAAGGUUUGUUCUCCAUGAAGAUUGUUCAUGUUAUUGCAUUGGUGUCUUGAUCAUCAUCAUCUAUCUACUCCAACUUCAUCUCUUCUCUUCUUCAUUCCUUUAAGUUGGUGUUCUUAGCUCUUACAUAUAAGGACAUAGAAGAAGAUCAUAGUGAGGUGGAGAACAAUAAGUUUCUUCUUCUUUCGUGUGUGUGCGCGCGUGCGUGCAUGUUGUGUUGAAGAAGAGAUGGAGCUCGGGGAAGGAAACAAUAGUAGUAGUGGUGGUACUAACCAUAGUUGUGGAGAAUCAUCAUCAAAGGAAUUGUAUUCUUCAUCAUGGUGGAGUCAAUUCAGAAAUGUAUCAAAUCCAUGGAUGGCAAGAUAUGUGUAUGGCUUCAUUUUUCUUGUUGCCAACUUGUUAGCUUGGGCUGCACGUGAUGAACUCACUAGUCUUAAGGCUUUAACACAAAUGAAGGGGCUAAGAGGAUGCAAGGUUGGGAAAGAUUGUUUGGGUGCAGAUGGUGUUUUGCGUGUGAGCUUUGGCUGCUUUCUAUUUUUCAUGAUAAUGUAUUGGUCAACUGCUGGCACUUCAAAAUUGAAGGAAGGAAGAGAUAGAUGGCACUCUGGAUGGUGGUUACUUAAGAUUGUUCUCUGGCUUGCCAUCACCAUCUUCCCAUUUUAUCUCCCCUCUGAAUUUAUUGAAGUUUAUGGGCAGGUUGCACAUUUUGGGGCCGGGGUUUUCCUCCUAAUUCAACUGAUAAGCAUAAUCAGCUUCAUUAGAUGGUUGAAUGAUUACUUCAUCACAGAAAAAUAUGCGGAGAGAUGCCAAAUUCAAGUGAUGUUAUUUGCAACAAGUGCAUAUUUAAUAUGCUUGGUAGGGGUGAUAUUAAUGUAUAUUUGGUAUGCACCACAACCAUCUUGCCUCCUUAAUCUUUUCUUCAUUACUUGGACCUUGGUACUUCUCCAAGUUAUGACAAGUGUAUCACUCCACCCAAAAGUGAAUGGUGGUAUUCUUAGUCCAGGGUUGAUGGGGCUCUAUGUUGUGUUCCUUUGCUGGAGUGCAGUCAGAAGCGAACCAGUCGGAAACAGCUGCGUCGCGAAAGCGGGCUAUGCAUACGAAACAGACUGGCAAAGCAUCAUUAGCUUUGUUGUUGCAAUACUAGCCAUUGUUAUUGCAACAUUUUCAACAGGCAUAGAUUCCAAGUGCUUUCAGUUUAGGAAGGAAGAUGCACCUGCAGAAGAAGAAGAUGAUGUUCCAUAUGGUUAUGGCUUCUUCCAUUUUGUUUUUGCCACAGGAGCAAUGUACUUUGCAAUGUUACUCAUUGGUUGGAAUAGUCAUCAUUCUAUGAAAAAAUGGACAAUUGAUGUGGGAUGGACAAGCGCCUAUGUCAGAAUAGUAAAUGAAUGGUUGGCAGUCUGUGUUUACUUGUGGAUGCUAUUGGCUCCAAUCAUAAGAAAAAGCAGACAAAGUGAGUCAACAUGAAAGCAUCUCUUUUAUUAUAUGGAUUCUUAGAUUUGAUAUUGUGAGGACCAAGAUCUUCAAAUUGGCCCAUGCAUAUAUACAAAUAUGUAGUAGACUCCUGAAGCUGCAGAUUUCUCUCCUCAAGUCUCACAUAGGAAACAAAAACAAACAACAAUUGCAACUGUUACACCCUGGAAAAUUACCAGUUAUGGCACACACAGAUACAUAUAUAGAUUAUUUUGUUCACUCCAUUCAGUGGAUGGAACAAAGAAAUGCACCACAUUUUUUACCUCUUCUCAUCAUGUAUUAUAUAACUCAGGGAGCAUACCCUAAAAUCAUUAGUAUAUUCUCUUCAAAAAUUUCA